AUGCCCGACUGGACGUUCGUGAGCAAGUUCGGCGCGGAAGUCGCCAAGCGCGCUGGGGUUUCCAAGGAUCAGGUCUGGGAGUCGAUGAUUGGAGGAGGCCUACUUACCGUAACCGAUGGUGAGCAUGCAUACACCUUCACCGAGGAAGACAAGGCUGGCUUCGGCGAGAAGCUUUGGCAGUGGAUCCAGAAAAACCCCAGAGAGGUCACGAAGCUCACGGCAUGCAUCGCCGCUGGUCCCGCCGCCAUCUUCGCCGCCCCGGCGGCUGUAGGAUUGCUCGGAUUUGGACCGCUUGGGCCUAUCGCUGGCGCCAGAGCUGCAGCUGCCCAAGCAGCCAUGGGACCUGUCGCUGCUGGAAGUGCCUUUGCUGUCCUGCAAAGUGCGGGUAUGGGAGGUAUGGGGCUCAUUGUUGUCAAGGCGAUUGCUGCUGGUGGUGCUGUAGUUCCGACUUGCAGUUUCGCGGCUGUUAGCUUUUUGAAUGCGAUGAAAGAGGAGAAUUGUGGUAGCGGAGAGAGGAAUGAUGAGAAGAAGGAGAGGGAGAAGGAGAAGGGAGAGAAGAAAGACCAGUAG